AUGUUUACACCCGUCGAGACUUCCAUCGGCGCAUUUCUGCUACACCAAGCGACUAGCAACCUCCUCUAUCAGAAUGGCGAUAUCCUGGGGCUCAGCGGCUAUCUGCGUCGACUCUUCUCUGCGCCUACGAAGGAACUGCUCGCGUUCUUCACGGGCAUGGCUGCCAGCUAUGUUCCGUUGAAGGCAUUAGCACCGCAGUUGAUCACGGAGUAUCCUGCUGUACAGACCAGUCCACAGAGUGCUCUGUUUACGCUAGCGAUUGGUGCUCUGAUAGGAUGGGGGACGAAGAUGUCGAAUGGAUGUACAUCCGGACACAUGCUGUGUGGACUCCCCAGACUAAGUGGACGCUCAGCAAUCGCAGUUGCUACCUUUUUUCCCUCGGCGAUCAUAACACAUCACCUCGCCAAUCCAAGCCUAUCGAAUCCGAUGUGCCCCGGCAGUGCACCAUGCUACAAGCCCGUGUAUCCGUCAACUGAGACGACCGCAUCUCUUCUCGUACUUGCCGUAUUCAGCAUCUUCGCCGCGCGAACCAUACCCAAACUCGUAGCCCAGGUCACGGUCGCACCCGCAGCCAAGGACGCCAAACACCAGCCUGCGGAUACACAUACUGCUGCACGCCUUACCACGCAGUCCUUCUCGGGCCUACUUUUCGCCCUCGGUCUUCACAUCUCGCAGAUGUCACAUCCAGAUAAGGUGGCCGCUUUCUUCUCUUUUCCAGAUUUGCAACACUGGGACCCGUCACUCGCUCUGGUCAUUCUCUUCGGCGUCCUACCCAACUUGAUCGAGAACCAAAUGAAAGGCUUCACCAGCCCGCCAUCUUUCGCUGACAAGUUCUCGCUACCUACGAAGACGUUGCAAGAUGUGGAUAGCAGGUUCAUCGUCGGCGCUGCGGCUUUUGGUGUUGGAUGGGGCUUAACAGGAAUUUGUCCUGGUCCGGCGGUGCUUCGAGCCUUCUUUCAGCCGGCUUGGGGAGCGUUGUGGGUUGGUGGCUUCUGGUUGGGAGGUAAACUGAACAUUUGA